AUGUUGUGCUGGCAGCCUCUGCCUCACCAGCUUGUCACCUCGGACCGGGACAGAGAGACCUCGGCCAAGCUGGCCAAGCUCCCCUGGAGGACAUUGGCACGGCUGGCUGCAAAAGGCCUGCUCUGCCCCACACAGCUCCUGCCAGCACACGUGCUAAUCUUCCUUAACCUGACGUCUCAUACGUGGUUUUGGAAUACAAUUCAGAAUGAUUUCAAGAAUGGGAAUGUUGAUUUAGAGGGCUGCAGGAGGCUGCUUGAAAAAAUGCAAAUAAAAUUUGAUGAAGACCAUUUAAAACAUAUUUUCAAGAAAACUAUUGACAAACAGUCAGGAAAUAUUAUUAGCAUGGAUGACUUCAGAGCAAUUUAUCGAGCUCUUGUACACAGGCCUGAAUUUGAAGAACUAUUCAAGGCUUACUCGACAGAUGGCAAAAUUCUACCUGACAGCCAGCUCCUUAAAUUUCUUAUAAAAGAACAAUUUCAAACUGAAGCUAAUGAAACAACUGCCUUAGAAAUUAUUAUGAAGUAUGAACCCAUUGAUGAAGUGAGGAAGAAAAGGCAGUUGUCAUUUGAAGGAUUUAUAAGAUACCUGAACUCAGACGAAUGUUCAAUAUUUAAAAGCCAGCACAAGACCAUCUAUCAAGAUAUGAACCAGCCAUUAUGUGACUAUUUUAUUUCAUCUUCUCACAACACCUACUUGAUAGCUGACCAGCUAAUGGGACCCAGUCACUUAUGGGGCUAUACCAGUGCUCUGUUAAAAGGAUGCCGUUGCCUGGAGAUUGACUGCUGGGAUGGCACCAACAAUGAACCUAUUGUGUAUCAUGGUCACACUUUAACAAGCAAAAUUCCAUUUCGCUCUGUAAUUCAUGUGAUUGACAAGUAUGCAUUUAUGUCAUCUGCCUAUCCAGUUAUACUGUCUCUGGAGAACCACUGCAGCCCUAAACAGCAGGAAGUAAUGGCAGACUGCUUGAAAAGUAUUCUAGGUGACAAACUUCUCACUACACCAAUUGGUGGUGCAGUAGAUAUGACUGAACUGCCUUCUCCUGAGGCAUUAAAAUUCAAAGUUCUGAUAAAAAAUAAAAAAGUUGGAACAAUUGAGGAAGGUCUGCUCAGGAUGGAUGCUGAAUAUGGUGGUGAGACAGAGGAACUGAGUGACUCUGAAUCUGAGUCUGAGGAUGACGACGCACAUGACACGUUACCUCUUCAGCCAUCAAGGAGUCCCACCAGAAGAAGAAGAGAUCAUAGACCUUCACCCCCACCUCAAAAAAAACCAAAGGUGAGAAAGGGAAAGAUUGCCCUUGCAUUGUCAGACCUCGUGGUUUAUACCAAAUCUCAGAAGUUUGUGAGCUUUGAGCAUUCCCUGCAGCAUCAGCAGUGUUAUGAAAAUAAUUCAGUUGGAGAGAGUGCAGCACGAAAACUUUUAAGAUCUUCAGCUAAAGAGUUUAUUUCACAUACUACAAGAUUUAUUACAAGAAUUUACCCCAAGGGAACAAGAAUGAGCUCGUCAAAUUAUAAUCCUCAGGAGUUCUGGAAUGUAGGGUGUCAGAUGGUGGCCUUAAACUUCCAAACACCGGGAACACAAAUGGAAUUGCAAGAUGGAAAAUUCCUGGACAAUGGUGGUUGUGGCUAUGUGCUGAAACCUGUAUUCUUGAGGGAUCGCAAUACCACAUUUACACCCCGAAAUGUGGGAGGAUACAGCAAACCAAUGUCUCUGUCAAUAAGGCUCAUCAGUGGCCAUCAGUUACCACGCAGCAGCACGUCAAGGAGCAACAAAGCUAACCCCAUGGUACAGAUAGAAAUCCAUGGUGUGCCAGAGGAUGAAGCAAGAAAGAACUCUAGUAUUGUAAGAAGCAAUGCUUUGAGCCCUAAAUGGAAUGAAACAUUCUCUUUUAACAUCCAAGUUCCAGAACUGGCAAUGAUACGCUUCUGCGUGCAGAAUGAGAUUUCUGUGUGUAACAACGAAUUCCUUGGCCAAUACACUUUACCUGUGACGAGCCUCAAUACAGGUUACCGUAACAUUCCAUUGAUAUCCAAAGAAGGCAUCAAGCUGGAACCUGCAUCACUGUUUAUUUAUCUUUGUUAUUGUUAG